UACAUAAUUCGCCUUGUACCAUUAUGAGAUGGAACAAACUUUUUUUCAUUACCAUAUUUUAUGGUUGCACUAUUUUGCAGCACAAAAUGAUAGCAAUUUCCACCUGAUGGCAACCAAAAUAAAAUAAAGUAUCAAUUGAGACGCCAUUUCUUACCUCAAAGAACUCCAGGAUUCUCUAUAAAAAGCAAUGCAAAUUUGUAAUUCAAACCAUCCCAGCAUAUCCUAAUUAGUAUAUUCAGGUUCAGUUACAAAUUAAGCUCAAUAAAAUAUUGUGGUUGUGGCCAUGGCAGAAAAAGCUGGAGUGGUGAAGAACAAGCAGGUUCUGCUGAAAAAUUAUGCUAAAGGAUUAGCAAAAGAGUCUGAUUUGGAAAUUAGCACAGAAAGCACCAUAAAAUUGGAAGUCCCAGAAGGCUCGAAUGGUGUUUUACUCAAGAAUCUCUACUUGUCUUGUGAUCCUUACCUGGCAACUAUCAUGAAAGGGACAUUACAUAAUCCUCUGUUUCCGGUGUACUCUGUUGGUUCUCCGAUAAAGGGGUUCGGUGUGUCCAAAGUGCUGGAUUCAAAGCAUCCAAAUUUCAACAAUGGAGAUUUGGUUUGGGGUGAAACUGGAUGGGAGGAAUACAGCCACAUAGAAAAGCCUGAUUCAUUCUUCAAGAUUGAGCACAAAGAUAUUCCCCUUUCCUAUUACACUGGACUUCUUGGCAUGACCGGUUUGACUGCAUAUGUGGGAUUCUUCGAGAUAGGCAAGCCGAAGAAAGGCGAAAAAGUGUUUGUAUCUGCAGCAUCUGGAGCAGUAGGUCAGGUGGUUGGACAAUUUGCUAAAUUGAGCGGAUGCUAUGUAGUUGGCAGUGCUGGAAGUGAAGAAAAGGUUGAUCUUCUGAAGAACAAGCUUGGAUUCGACGACGCUUUCAAUUACAAAGAAGAACAUGACUUGGUUGCUGCUGCUCUGAAAAGAUAUUUCCCCGAGGGAAUCGACAUCUACUUCGAUAAUGUUGGAGGAAAGACACUGGAUGCAGUUCUCCCAAACAUGAAUAUGCACGGUCGGAUAUCUGUGUGCGGAAUGAUUUCUCAGUACAAUGCAGAGAAACCCGAUCCGCUACACAACAGCGCUUGCAUCCUCUUCAAGCGUCUUAGAGUCGAAGGUUUCCAGGUUUAUGAAUGUUUUCACCUUUAUCCAAAGUUGUUGGAAUUCGCAGUGCCUUACAUCCAAGAAAACAAGAUCACUUGUGUGGAAGAUAUUGUGGAAGGCCUUGAAAACGGACCGGCUGCCCUAGUUGGCCUCUACAGCGGCCGUAAUGUCGGAAAACAGGUUAUUAAGGUUUCUUCUCCAUGAAUAAAGAGUGAUCGAAUCUCAUCUACCAAUAUAUCCUCCUUAAGUCUGUGUUUUUGCAAGAUGUGUACACAUUUUGGUGUGAAAUUUGUGUGUUUCUUGAGUUCUUGAUACAUAGGUUGUGGUUGUUUCUUUUUAUAAUAAAAUCCAAAGGAUGAUAUAAUAUAGAGUUCAUAUGUACCUCAAUCGCACUUAUUUCAUGAUUUCUCGAUUCAAGUCUACUGAAAUGAUGGCAAUUGUGUGAUACAUUAGACGAAUUUUUACUUUUUGUUACAUUCACAAAUUCUAGCCAGAAAAUAAACAUAAGAGCUCUAGAGUUGUGUUACGAGUAAUGUUGAGAACAUGACUCUAUAUAAUGUAACACAAAUGUAAUUGUGUCUAAUUUAUACUACUUGUGGAAGGAAUUAUGAUUUAUAAGUCA